AUGGCGCAGUUAAUGAAUCCCACCCUACGGGGCGGCCCAGAUGUCAGGCUAUACAUGGUCCACCUUGCGGAUCUGAGCAUCAACCCCUUGGCGAAUGCCCAAACAAGUAUAUACCGAAGCACACACGAUAGGAAGUUCCGCGACUACUCCGAAGUCUACAAUCGCAGCGGCCAAGUCUGGCCCGUUCUAUUCGCAGGAAUUCCCGCGCUGGGUAUCCCAGAGCGCCAUGAAGAUACCAUGAUCUGUUCAUUCGAGCAUUGUUCCUAUUGUACCCCGAAUCCCCUACCAUUCCCACCCACCCAUUCCACCAGACCUUUUAUGCAUAUCAGACGAGACUGCUAUGAGAGGGAUGGACCCGGCCAGAAUUCCUUCAUGCCGCCGGAUAAGAGUUUGGGGAUUGAGAGGAACGUUGAUGAGUUUCCUCGGGAUAGUGCGCAGAUGAUGAUGUGUUAUAUUACCAACAACUUCAAUGUUGAGAUCGAAGGGUGCUACUGGGAACAUUGUAGAGUUUGCUCCCCAAACCUAUUCGAUCCACCUGCUGAAUCGGCUAUUACAUGGUUCAACGAGUUGGCGAUAGCGAGGAAUCCUAAUGGUCCUGCUGCCCGAGCUGCUGCCGCCGUCCAAGCUGCUGCGCAAGGUGUGCCUAUUGUUGCAGCAGCAGCAGAGGAGGAUACGGAUAUGAUUUCUGAGCAGGAGCUCUACAUGGUACAUCUCUCCGACCUGACCCUCAAUCCUUAUGCAGAUGUGCAGAAUAGCAUCUACUGCAGCACGCACGAUAAGAAAUUCCGAGAUGAUACAGAGAUCUUCAGACGUGGCGGACAGCUUUGGCCCGUCAUCUUUGCCGCUCAGGAUGGACUUCCCCAGCGACAAGAGGACACGAUGAUUUGCAAUUUUGAAUGCUGUACAGUCUGCACACAAACACCGAAAAGUUAUGGAAACACAUGGUAUAACCCAUUCUUCCACUCUGUCCGCGAUGUCACGUUUGUGAAUGGUGCCGAUCGUUUCUUGCCGCGGGAUGCCAGUACUGGAAUCGAACCCACAUUGGACCGUAUAGAGCUUGAUGAUGAAGAGGCGGAACUUGAUGUACAGAAUACAGGGGCUUACUUUGAGAUAGAGGGUCAGGGAUGCAUGGCGAGCGAUUGUGCUUUGUGUUCGAAAGGUGAUGGAGCUCAGGUGGGUGAGCCGGCUGCUGCUUGGUUCAACCGAUUGAAAGCUGCAAGAGAUGCUUGGAAGAGUGGUGAGACUUCGGUCCCUAUUGUCGCAGAUCCAGAUUCACCCGUUGCUGGACCAUCUGGACCUCCUGGUCCUCCCCCUGGCCCUCCUCCUGGCCCACCCCCUGGCCCACCCCCUGGUCCGACUGGCCCUCCCGCUCCGUUGGCUCCAUUGGGCGGACCGCUUCGAAUGGUCCACAAAAGCCAUCUCGAAUUUAAUAAUGGCGUUGUGAGAUGGAAUAUGCGGAAAGUACUUACACUUGUCGACAAAUACUUCCUCCCCGAUAAUAGACCUGAAUAUGCACGCGGUGGGCCCGUUCACCGCGUGAUUUUCCCCGAUGGACGAACUAGAGAUGUGAUGGUGUGUACGUUCAGGGCCUGCUACUGUCAUAGACGCAAGACCAACCAGCCCAAUCUCUCGAAUGGAAAUCCUUGGUGCCAUCGUCGACAUGUCACGGGACCGGGACGGGCGUAUCAUCCUGGUGCUCAGCCUUAUUAUGAAGAGCUAUUGGCUGGAACGACAGUGCAGUUGCAGGCUGGUUUGGUUGAGGUUGAUGCGUAUGAUGAUGGGGUUAGGAGGAGGGCGACUGUUUAUACUUGUGUUGAGGGGACUUGUGAUGAAUGUGAUCAGGUUGAUGGGGCUGCUGGGGAAGUUGAGGAGGAAGUCGAAGAUGCGGAUGGGGAUGUUGAGAUGGGUGACGCUGAUGGCGGCGGCGGCGGCGGCGGUGGUGGUGGAAAAAGCGGUGGUGGAAAAGGUGGUGGUGGAAAAAGUUUUGGUGGAAAAAGUUUUGGUGGAGACGAGCUUAUUGAGAAUGCAAACGUGGUGGUACCGAGAAAGAAGCCAACAGGAAUGAAUAGACCUCCUCCUCGAAAGCGCCCGGCUACUGAGGAGGGUAGCGAAGGAACAGAUGGGGACGAAUACGAGGUGAAUGAGAAUUCAAACGUGGUGGUACCAAGAAAGAAGCCGACAGGAAUGACCAGACCUCCUCCCCGAAAGCGUCCGGCCACUGAAGAGGCAGACGAAUACCGGCCGACCAAGAAGCGUCGUUGA